GGAGAGUAUGUGCUGCGCAUCGACGGAGUCUACGCCGCGACCAGCGGAGGACAGUUCGCGCGGGCCACCCAGAUCUGCUGUAGUGAUGGAUACUGGUCGUGGUGGAUGGCGCACCCAGUCGAGCAGGGCGGCGCAGGUCGCGUGCUGUACCACUUCUGUGCGCGCGAGAUGUGUGUGGCAGAGCCUCCUGCUCCCAGGAUCACCGUCAUCCACGUCUCCGAGUUCGAGGAGAUCGACCCCGCCGAGCUGGCGGAGUUCUACAGAGAGUGCAGGCCCACUGACGCCUGGGCCAGAUGGCCCGAGGACCUCGGGCCCGAGCCAGGAGGAGACGUAGUUGAGAGUGGCUCGCCCGAGGCAGACGAGUAUGGCAUGCCGCUGGACAGCUGCCGAGAGCGAGCGGCGCCGCGGGCUGCCGUCGCCGCCAAGCCACGGGCCGCCGCUCCCCUCCCAGGGGCGAAGCAGGCCGCGGCUCAGCAGCCCUCCCCGCUGGAGGCCGCGGGGGCUCGGCUGGCAGCUGACGUGCCUGAGGCGCGCGACGCGGGGUUCCUGCGCGCCCGCCUGGAGCCGCUGCGCGGCGCGCUGCAGCCUGGCCAGGGCGGGGCGGCGACAGCGGAGCGCCCUGCUGGCGGAGCAGCCCCUGCCGCUCCCCGCGGCGCCACGAAGCGGCCGGUGGAGGAGGUUGUUCGGGAGCGUGCUGGCAAGCGGCGGCCGCCCGACGUGCUCGCAGAUCCUGCGGGGGCUGCUUCAGCCGCGGGCGUUGGCGGGAGUGGCGAAGGACCCCUGCUCCAGCUGCUACUCGAGGCGGCGUCGAGCAGGGGCAGCUCUGCGGACCUCUUGCAGUCGAUGCUCGGAGCCACCAGCGGGAGCAGCGAUGGGGCCGUGCCGCGUGGACUGGCCACUCGCCGAGGUCACUUCCGCCAGAUCGCCGCGAAGUUCCCUGGCCUCCUCCCGGAGCAGACCCGGGCCAAAAUGAGCGAGUAUGUUACCGCCCAGGUCGGGGGCGAGACGGCCGAGGAGCUUCCGCCGAUCAUUCUCAAGGAUUUCCUUAACGUGUUCAUCCCGCAGAACCCGAUCAAGUCCAUCGGGAUCGAGGCAGCGGACGCCAUCCUGUCAGGCAAGACGUCCUAUGCCCUCGAUGUGCUGAGCCAGCGCUUCAAGGCGUUGCAGCUUUUCGCGAUUGAUAAGGCCUGGUCAGGAGCGCGCUGGCUAGAACUCACCCCACCGUCGAAGGAGCAGCUAGCCCUCAGGACGGAGGAUGAGGAGAUCGUCCGCGCCGGCAAGGGGUCGCUGAAGCGGCCUGGAGCUCGGACGCCCGCGGACCUCGUCAAGGAUCUACCUUCGCCACCUGGGGCCGCCUCGACUCCGAGCCGCCCAGCCCCAGGACCAGCGAGGACAGCGCAGCUGCGCGACGACGACGACUCCAGGGGGAACCCGCACAAGGCGCUCUCUUGGAAAGCUGUCAAGGGGGCCCACCCGAAGAGGCAGGGCGAGACGCGGGGCGCCUACGGCAUGCGCCUCAGGAAGCUGAUGCAGGAGGCGCGGGGCCGCCAGGGGCGCCCCGCGCGCUAG